AUGCCCCCCUGGGGCAUCGCAGCAGCAGAGCCGGGACACAGGGCCUUGGGGAGUGCUCAGCUGGACAGAUCCCACCCCCACCCCGGGGGUCUGCUCACCCAGGGCUGCUUGCAGGUGGACAGAACCGAGGUGGUCCGGAGCGGCCUGCAUCCGGCCUUCUCCAAGGUCUUCACACUGGACUACUUUGAGGAGGUGCAGAAGCUGUGCUUUGAGGUCUACGACACCCACGGGCCCAGCAGCCUCAGCUGCCAGGAUGACGACUUGGGGGGCAUGGAGUGCACCUCGGGGCAGAUCGUGGCCCAGAAGAAGGUGACCCCAGCACUGUUGCUGAAGGUCAGCAGGAACGCUGGCAAGUCCCCCAGCACGGUGAUAGCCAGAGACAUCUCUGGGAAUAAAGGCCAUGCAGAGCUCGCCCUCUGUGCCAUGAAGCUGGAUGACAAGGGCCUCUUCAGCAAGCCGGACCCCCUCCUGGAGCUGCACCGGAUCAACGAUGAUCAGAGCAAGCAGCUGGUGUACAGGACGGAGGUGGUGAAGAACGACCUGAGCCCCACCUGGCAGCCUUUCAAGGUGUCUCUGAGCAGCCUGUGCAGCUGUGAGGAGCCUCGGCCUCUGAAGGGCCUCGUCUGGGGUUAUGACUCCCGCGGGAAGCACGACUUCAUCGCAGAAUUCUCUACCACCUUCGUGGAGAUGCAGAAUGCCUUCCGGGAGGACCAGGCCCAGUGGGACUGUGUAAACCUCAAGUACACGCAGGAGAAGCGCAGUUCCAAGAACUCUGGGGUGGUCAUCCUGGCAGACCUGAAGGUGAGCCUCGGCCCAGCCUGCAGCCCCUCCCCCCGCAGUGGGUGGAGGGGGUGCUCCUGCCUCAGCUCUGCAGAGAGUGAUCCGGGCUGGGGUGGCCGGCCACUGCCUGGAACCCCCUGUAGUCAGAUGGACCUUCAAGGGCCCCCAUCCCAGAGGUCUGGGCAUGUCCCAGGAGCCCCGGAGGUCCCGACCCUGAAGCCCUGGCCUCAGUCUUCGCAGGGUGGGGGUCCCGGAUGUUCUACAGGGCGUACUUGUUCCAGGACUACAUCAUGGGCGGUUGCCAGACCGCUUCACGCCUCCACUGGGGACCCCAGGAACAGCUGCUCCCUGCACUACAUCAACCCCUUCCAGCCCCACGAGUUGCAGGCCCUGGCGGCUGUGGGCGAGACCUGCCAGGACUACGACAGUGACAAGAGGCUCUCUGCUUUGGGGUUCGGAGCCCGGAUCCCUCCCAAAUGUGAGGUGUCCCAUGACUUUGCCAUCAGUUUCAGCCCUGAGGAUGAUGAGUGUGAAGGUAGGAGCGCGAGGCGCCCAGGGUGGGGCUGCAGCGGGGCUGGGCUCACCCCCCUCCCCCGCCGGAAUCCGGGGCGUGGAGGAAGCCUGCUGGAACUGCCUGCCCAGGGUCCAGCUCUAGGUGCCGGGGCUGGGCGCAUGAGGAAGGUCUGCCUGCUGCUGUGGGACAGGGCAGGGCCAGGGUCCACUGUGGGCGAGAUGGGGAGUGGCGGCAAGGAGGCUGAGGGAACCGGGGCAGCGGGCAGGAGGCCGGUGUGUCUGGACCGAGUGAAGCUUCUGUUCCAGGCGGUGAGGGUGUGGAGUUUGCGCUACUGGCAAACGCAGGGCUGUGAGAUGUUAAUGGAGAACUGGCCCUACUCUGGGGGGCAGGAGGAGGGCAUUUUGAGUAGGGGGAGACGCAGCUGCCCUGAAGGGUCCCUGUGGCCCCAGCAAUACUACAUCCUGCUGAUCCUGACAAACGGCGUGGCGACCAACAUGGCGGACACACGCGAGGCCAUCAUGCGCGCCUCCCACCUGCCCGUGUCUAUCAUCGUGGGGGUGGGCAGCGCCGACUUCACCGACAUGCAGGUCCUCGACGGCGACAGCGGUGUCCUGUGCUCCCCACGGGGCGAGCCUGCCCUUCACAUCUUGAAGUUUGUGCCCUUCUGGGAGCUCAAGAGCGCGUCCCCCGUGGCGCUGGCCAAGAGUGUGCUUGCCGAGGUGCCCAGGCAGCUGGUUGAGUAUUACAGACACAAGGAAUGCCUCUGAGAGACCUCGGCGAGACCAGCCCGGGCUCCACUCCGUGAGGACACACGGUAGGGGGCCGGCCAGGACUGUGUCCACCAUCUGCUUCUAGCACCCUCCACCCCGACUGCCCAGGGGCCUUCCUUCCCCCAGCCCACACCCACCGUUGGCUCCUGUGACCCUGCUGCCCGGUGGGCCAGCCUCCCUCCGGGCCCCAGGGCUGAAGGAGGGACAGGUCCCCCUGGGCACGCCUGAC